AUGGCUGUCACAAUGUUACAGGAGAAGCCGCAGAUGCGCCACCAGAACCAACAGCAUCAGCAGCAGCACCACCACCACAACCAGCAGCAGCAGCCGUUGCAGCAUUGCUAUCACGAUGACCCGCAACAGCAGCAGCAGCAGCAGCAGCCAAUGCAGAAGCAGCAGCAGGCGCUAUCGCCGUCUAAGCUCCGCCUUCCCCUCGGCCUGCCGCCCCGCCCGCCCCGCCACUCCAAGGGCUCCGCGGCCGGCCUCCGCCGCUCCUUCCGCUCCGCGGGGUCGCUCUCCGCCGCCGGGCUGGGAUCCGCGGGCGUGGGGGGAAUGGGGGGAAGAUUCGCAGGCGCGGGGGGAAUGGGAAUGUGCCACAGCGGGGAGGCGUACACGUCACUGUUUCUGAGUCUGCUGUUGGGGUCGCUGUUUUGCGUGCUGCUGCUGAUGCCAGUGUGUGCUGUUGGAGCUGGGGUCGCUGUUCUGUGUGCUGCUGCUGCUGGUCAGGUAUGUGAUGAUGGGGUCCUUGUGACGGUGCUAUGUGGUGCUGUGCGGUGCUGUGCAUGCGCCGUGCGGUGUGUGCUGUUGGUGCAGGGGUCGCUGUUCUGCGUGCUGCUGCUGUCAGCCAUGUGA